CUCGAGACCGCUCCGCGCGUGCUCUCGCGACCCUGCCCGCCGAAGCCAGCGGAGCCAUGGACAAGGUCAUGCCCGUGGUCGGAGGCCUGGUCGGCAUGUGGGCCGCCUCCAAGAUGAUUCCCGUCAUGUACCGGUGGGAGCUCAUUCCGGGCAUCGCGUCACCGGAGUGGCACGCGAAGGCCGCCACCAUCAAGUACAACCACUACACCGAGGGCAUCGUGUACUCGCCGUACGACACGGGCGAGCCGAUCACGGAGAUUCAUGCCCGCGCAGUGCGCCGGCAAGAUGUACCUGCGGCAGAAGGGCGGCGGGUGGAAGUUCCAGUCGGAGAUGGAGUAGGGUGUCCCUCCGCCGCGGCGCCGUUCCGGCGCCCGCCGAGGGCCCUGGCGUGAGCUCUCCCGUGGAGGCGCGGGCCCGGAGGCCGCCUGCCCGGGCUCCUUAUAUAGGCGCGGGGCCGCGCGGCGGCGCCCGCGUGCGCCCCGGCGGGGCGGGGCUGGGCGCGCGGCCCCCCCCCCCCCGCGGCCCCGUGCCGCGGGCGCCCUGCGGCCCGCCGCCCGGCCGCCGCCGCGCCUCGACGGACGAGGGGCGGCAUGCGUUCGGUCAUCGAGAGCGAGAAAGGAGGGCGGCAUGCGUUCGGUCCUCGCGAGCGAGAAAAGAGAGCCCUGCGUGCAGCAGCGCGGCGGAGGCGUGGCCUCACUGCGGUCUCCCCGUCUUUGCCCAGCGGGGGUGCACAGGUCCGGGCGGUGUGGUUCGGCAAUGCGAAUGCCUCCGAGCUUCUGGGAAGCGCCUCGGUAUUGACGGCAUUGCAGGCGCUGGCUCCUCCAAUGCUUCUCGUGAAUAGUUGCAGGGACCCGGUUCCCCGCCUGUGCAGCGCUGGAUGAGCCACACGCCAGCGUUUGUUUUUCGCCCCCACUGUGGUGCUCGUCUCUGCCUCCCAGCCCGUGGCGGUGUCUACAAAGCCGCCUGCAUUCGUAGAGGCCCCCACUUCGCCUUCUCAGAAGGCCUUUCCCUUCGCACCUCCACCUUGCGCGCCGCC